AUGACCUCAUUCCCGGCGCCGCAACAACCCCCGAGCAGCUACCGACCCGAAUCUCAGCUAUCACAAGUGCAACAAGCUCAAUCUCUCACCGAGCCAGCGCAGUCGCUGCCAGCACCCCCUACGGUCGAACAAGGCUGGAUACCGGACAUUGUCAAGGAUAAAUCAACCAAGGAUCUUCAGACAGUUCUUCAAGAUCCAACACUCAUCUCUGCUUUAUCUGCACAACAUCCUUCCCAUGUAGCCCGACAACAAAAUCUCGAAUCCCUCCUUCGCGUCAAUCAAGAUCUGGCGGCCCGGCUGCUUGAGCUACAGAACCACGUAUCGGAGCUUCGCAGUCAGACGGAAACGAUGCUCUUGACCCAUCAAUCCCUCGAGGUAUCAUGGCGCAAAAAACAGGUGGAAAUGGAUGCCGCGCUGGCACCAUGGUCUCCCAAGGCGCUGUACCAACGCCUCAGUGCCGCGAUUGCGGAACAAGAGGCGGUGUGCCACGCGGUGGAAGAGAGCUUCUUAGAUGAAGAUCACCAGGGCCGUGCAACGGAGAAAGAAAUCGCGGAUUGGGUCCGUCGCGUGCGGGCAGAGGCAUCGAAAUUGGCGGCAAGGAAAGAAGCCAAGGCGCGAUGGGACGAGGGUAGAGUUGGAGGCUGGAGGUGA